AUCCAUUUUGUGUCGUACUUACCAGCAGCUGCAGGAAGAUGUCUCUCGUUCCUCCUGAUAACUUUCAACACAUUCUCCGUCUACUCAACACCAAUGUAGACGGCAAGCAAAAGGUCAUGUACGCCAUGACCCAAAUUAAGGGUGUCGGUCGUCGUUACGCCAACAUCGUCUGCAAGAAGGCUGAUGUAGACAUGUCUAAGCGUGCUGGUGAGCUCACCACUGAAGAGUUGGAGCGUCUUGUUACCAUUGUUCAAAACCCUACUCAAUUCAAGAUCCCCACCUGGUUCCUUAACCGUCAAAAGGAUAUCAACGAUGGCAAGUCUCACCAAUUGCUUUCCAACAACGUUGAAGGUAAGCUCCGUGAGGACCUUGAACGUCUCAAGAAGAUCCAAGCUCACCGUGGUCUUCGUCACGCUCUCGACCUUCGUGUCCGUGGUCAACACACCAAGACCACUGGCCGUCGUGGUAAGACCGUUGGUGUCUCCAAGAAGAAGUAAGCUAUGAUAGCUUUCUACUUUCGUAUGAAACCAAUGGAAUUCAAUUUUUGCUUAUUAUGUUGUUCCAGUCCAUUUAUUCUAGAUUCCAUAUUGCUUUAUUGUCUAUGUAGUUUUCCAUCUUUA